AUGGGCCGUGCUCUCUUCAUCUCUUCAUCACCCCAGCUACCAACUUACACAUCUGGCUGUGGGCUGGAGUUCCUGCUGGUUCUCUGUGGGCUCGAGUUUUCCUGGUCCUGCCCCCGUCACUGUAUCUGCUACACUUCACCCAGCACCGUUUCCUGCCAAGCCCAUAACUUCCUGUCGGUCCCUGAAGGCAUUCCCCCUGACAGCGAGCGCAUCUUCUUACAGAACAAUAAGAUCCAUCGCUUACUUCGAGGCCACUUCAGUGCCAACACAGUCACUCUCUGGAUCUACUCCAACAACAUUACAUAUAUUGAGCCCUCCACCUUCCACGGUUUCACGCUGCUUGAGGAGCUGGACCUGGGAGACAACCGCCACCUGCGCUCCUUGGCUGAAGACACCUUUCACGGGCUAAAUCGGCUCAAUGCACUUCAUCUGUACCGUUGUGGGCUCAGUUCACUUCCUAAUAACAUCUUCCAAGGCCUCAGAAACCUGCAGUAUCUCUACUUGCAGGAUAACCACCUGAAGUUCCUACAAGAUGACACAUUUAUGGACCUCCACAACCUAAGCCACCUGUUCCUGCAUGGAAAUCGUCUGUGGAGCCUCAACCAGAACACCUUCAGAGGCCUGCGAGCCUUGGAUCGACUGCUUCUGCACCAAAACCAGAUUGAGUGGGUUGACCGCCUGGCAUUCCACGACCUUAAACGUCUCACCACCCUCUACCUGUUCAACAACACCCUGACAGAGCUGUCCGGACAGUGCCUGGACACGCUGCCCGCAUUGGAAUACCUGCGCCUCAACGACAACCCCUGGUCUUGUGACUGCAAGGCCCUGUCGCUAUGGGAAUGGUUGAAGCGUUUCAGAGGUUCAACGUCUUCGGUGGGUUGCCAGGCACCAGCUGAUAUGGUUGGGAAAGACCUCAAGGAGCUGCGCAAGGAGGACUUUCCCAACUGUUCACCAACUGUACCUAAUUCCGAGUCCAGAGCCCAGACUAACAAUUUAUCUGGCACGGUGAAUCCGUCUAUGAAUCGUGGUGUAGUGGUCGGCUCUGGAGGGCAGACCCACAUAGUGCACCCCUCGAGGCCUGGCCGUUCUCGGAACUGCACAAAGCCUCGUAACAGGGUGAGCAAGGGGAAGGGUGACAAUGAGGUUCACCACUCAAAGGAGGUCAUGGCAGACAAGGAGGAUUCGUCUCCAGAUUUCACAGAUGGGGGCAAACAUGACCACACGUCCCCAGACGGCACCGUCACACGGAGGAAGCACAAGUGCACUCCCCGGACCACUGUUCGCCCCCCUAGUGGGGUUCAGCAAGCCAACAAUAGGGCAACCUUGUCCCAGUCAUUACCACAUGUCUGUGCCCUCUUUGUGGCCUUGAUAACGACAAAUAUUGACUUCAUUCUCCGUUGACCUUCAGAGGGUUCGGCAAAAGCUAAUCACAAAAAACACAGCCCUCAGACCCUCUCUUGCUCCUGCACUACGAGGCCUGUGUGUCUUUUAUGUAUGUGUGUGUGAGUGUGAUUAUAUGUGUAAAUGUUGUGUAGGGAGCUUUACUGUUCAGACCGAAACAGGCAUCAAAGCAUCAAACAUCCACGAAAGAAAAGACUUGCAGCGCUUAAAUCGAAGGGACUGAGCAACAGAGAAUGAUAAAAGGUUAAUGCAGACCAAGCUUGCACUGCCACUUAUGCCACUACGAUUUCAUCUUCAUGUCUCAGUGAUUUUUGACUUCUGUUUUGUUACUCAACUGGAGCUCAGAUAACCAACAUUUGGUGAAAAAAGACAAAAAUAGGAAGAGAAGACUUAUUAGCUGGUUAGAUCUGAGACAGAUAAGCUUGGUGCUCCACCAGGCUUUAAUUUUCAGUUCACAGUAAGUUAUCAUGAAGGUAAAAACGGCAGGUCGAUGACCCUGUAAAGCCUCCGGCGUCAGUUCUACCUUGCUCUCACCCUUUUUCUGCCAAAUGCAUUUUGUCCGAACAAUUGGGCGUAAGUGUUUCUCAUAAAGGAAGAGGUACAGUGUAAGCAUGGCAAUAUCAGACAUAGGAAUGUGCCAUUAUCACAAAAAAAAAUGAUAUCUACAGCCAGGGAUGUUAAUGCGAUAAACAGAGCAACCAUUAGUUCAAACACUGUAUGAAGCCGUAACAAAAUUGUGACAACUACUCUCAACAUUAUGCUGAGUUUUUUUUCAGGUUUCAACCUUUCUGCCUAUUCAACCAUAUUUUUCAUUGGUAUUAGGGGUAAAUUUCUACACACAACUCUGCUUCCAUCUUCAUUCAACACUCUUUCUGUGCAACUGAAUAUUAAGCUGCUAAUUGUUUCAAGAUGAUGAGGACCGCUAUGCGCUAUUUUUCAUUUGCUUGGAAAACAACGUGUGUCACUGGGAGAUCAAGCUGUGAAUAUUGAAAAAGUCUGUCUAUAUCUUGUGUCAGAUGUUGUUCAUUUGAUUUUUAUAAGACACAAAAUGGACCUAGAGACGGAUCCCUGCCGCGGGGCCGACAGGAGCCUUAAAGGUCGAGGGUCAAACGGGGGCUUUCUCAGUUUCCCGGUGAGGUUGUGCUGAACUGAUCCCUUCUUGGCGAGGGCGUACCUCCCUCAUUGAGAAUGUGAGGAACACAUUUUUUUUCUUAAUCACGUAACUUCAAAAGGAAUACAAGAACAAGACUUGAGAAAAAAAAGUGUGUGCGUACCUUCAGUGACUCAUGUCAUCAAUAAAAGAUUUUUAAAAAAACUUUUCAAAUGGAGCAUGGCAAAACAGGGCUCAUGCAAAGAGAUUUAUGCCUCUUAACUGAUGUGAUUGUCCAUGGAUGUUGGGAUCCAAGGCAAAGAUAAUCGCUUCUGAGGUAACAAGGGGAUGCAGAUUGGCAGACGGACAGUUACUGGACAUCCUUCUGUACUUCUGGAGCUUUUGUGCCUCCCUUAAAUCUACUGAUAAGAUGGUGUUUGUAUCAAUGAUGUGAACUAUACUAGUAACAAGAGGACAAGAGGACUUCAUGCAGUGCUGAUAUUAAUCAUUUACUGUCUUACUAUGAGAAAAACAAUAUCAGUGACAUCGAUGAUGAUAACAGGGUUUUCUGCUCCUCCCAUCAGGAGGAGUCUUUCAAUUUUUUGAUUUUCUGGUGAUUCUUUUAUUUACGUAUUUUUCAUGUUAUAUUUUUAGAACCUUUUAUUUGUUAAUGCACAUUUCCUCACCUCCCGAUUUCUUGUUCUACUGUAUGCCUACUCAUCUUCUUUCUUUGCCAUGAUUCAAAUGUUCAGUAGGUUAUCAUCAGAAAAC